UUACCAUUACUACAUUCUUUUUAUACAUCACCUUUCGAUGGGUAAGAAUGGUUUAAAACUCGCUGCUGUCGCUAACGCUAAAUGUGUAAAGCAGCCCGUUUCUAAAGGACUGCCAACUAAAGGCGCGACUGGAGCACCUAACAAACGCUUUGAUAUACUUUAUAAAUGGAUUUGUUUUGAUUUGAAGUUAUUACAGCGUUUGGUUUAUCGUAACAAAAGUCAAUACCGUUCAAGUGCUUUUAUGAAAUCUAUAUGCACAAGUUCACGUUUCAUAAAGCGUUUGACUACCUUUAUACGAAAAAAUCGUACGGUUUCUGGGCCAUCAUUUUUACAUGAUAAUGAAUUUAAUCACUUGUUGUACAUCAGUUUGAAGUCGGUUCUAUCGACUGGUGAGGACCUUUCACGAAUUCACGCCCAUCACUUCCAUGUACCACUAAUAUCUGUCUUUUUAUGCAUAUACGGGCGACUCCUGUAUUUGUUGAAGAGGAUUCCGGAGUCACUUAGUACCAGUACUUAGU